AUGGCUUCCAGUGGGCCACUCAUAAAUAACUUCGAAGUACCUUCAUGGGCCAGCAAACCACCAACAGGUCUUCAUUUAGAUGUAACAAAAGAUGGGAAAAUGAUACAGAAACUGAUGAUAGAUGAGAAAAAAUGCUACUUUUUUGGAAGAAAUAAAUUGAUGUGUGAUUUCUGCAUUGACCAUCAGUCUUGUUCACGAGUUCAUGCAGCACUAAUUUGGCACAAGCAUUUAUCCCGACCAUUCAUCAUAGACUUGGGCAGUACUCAUGGCACGUUCAUUGGACAUAUUCGUUUGGAGUCAAAAAAGCCUCAGCAGGUCCCUCUGGACAGUGAGUUACACUUUGGGGCAUCAACUCGUCUUUACAUCAUCCGAGAACGUCCUCAGAUCACUUCCAACCUAGGAGAUGAGAAGGACAAACGAGCAGAUGAAUUGGAGGGAGGACUUAUGGGUCUGCCAGAGUCAGAAACAGAGUUAGAUAAUUUAACAGAAUUUAAUACAGCCCACAACAGGCGGGUGACUGCAAUGGUAGAAAUUAACGAAAAGAACUCAGCCAAUCCUUUGAAGAGAAAACAUAAAUCCAUGCAUGUUAAUUUUGAGGAGGAAGAUGAAGUGAUUAAUCCAGAGGACAUAGAUCCAUCAGUGGGGCGCUUUAGAAACCUUGUACAAACAACAGUAAUACCUAAAAAGCGAGCAAGACUGGAAGGAGGAUUGAAUCCUGGUUCUAUGACAGACAAUAUUACAAAAAGACUACAGAGUUUUUCAUAUGCUACACCCAGUUUAUAUGCUGAUCUUGGGAAUGUGCCAGGGGUAGGUGCAGGAGGUACCAUCAGUAUCGCUCAGAAACUAGGACUCCCUAUGCCAAAUUUGGCACCAGAUCUGGUCGAGGCAGAACCUGUGGCUCCUGCCAAUCCUAUGCCAGCAGUGGCAUUUCCAAUGGAAGAAGGCAGCAAAGAACCAAAAAAGAAGAAAUAUGCCAAGGAAGCUUGGCCAGGAAAGAAACCUACACAUUCUUUUCUGGUGUAGUGUUGUGUACCUUUUAUUCAGUGUCAUCUUCAGAGGUCAGCUGUAUGAUUUAUCUUCAGAGGUCAGCUGUAAUGAUUUAUCUUCAAAGGACAGCUGUAAUGAUUUAUCUUCAAAGGACAGCUGUAAUGAUUUAUCUUCAGAGGUCAGCUGUAUGAUUCAUCUUCAGAGGUCAGCUGUAUGAUUUAUCUUCAGAGGUCAGUUGUAUGAUUCAUCUUCAGAGGUCAGCUGUAUGAUUUAUCUUCAGAGGUCAGCUGUAAUGAUUUAUCUUCAGAGGUCAGCUGUAUGAUUUAUCUUCAGAGGUCAGCUGUAAUGAUUUAUCUUCAGAGGUCAGCUGUAUGAUUCAUCUUCAGAGGUCAGCUGUAUGAUUUAUCUUCAGAGGUCAGCUGUAAUGAUUUAUCUUCAGAGGUCAGCUGUAUGAUUUAUCUUCAGAGGUCAGCUGUAAUGAUUUAUCUUCA